CUUUACCCCUUCUCUCCCUCACACAGCCCCUCCUCACACUCUCAACACCUCUAUCCCUCACUCUCAGCGCCAUCGUAACCUCUCAGUCCUCCUCUCUAUCACACAGCCCCUCAACACCUCUCUCCUUCACUCUCAGCUCCCCCUUACCCCUUUAGCCCUCCUCUAGCUCACACAACACCUCUCUCCUUCACUCUCAGCUCCCCUUACCCUUUUAGCCCUCCUCUAACUCACACAACACCUCUCUCCCUCACACAGCCUCUCAACACCUCUUGCCCUCACUCUCAGCACCUCCUUACCCACCCACAGCCCCUCCUCGCCCUUUCAACACCUCUCUCCUUCACUCUCAGUUCCCUUAACCUCACUCAGCCUCCUUCAAACGCCUCAUCCCUCUAUUCAUCAUACAACCCCAAUCCUGACUCACACAUCAGACAACAGGGGGGCCUCUGUUAGCUCUCACGCUGCAUCCUCUGUUACAGACAGCUGAUAACUCACAACACACAGCUCACGGAGUAUAACACUGAUUUGUUAACGCGGUCCCUUUCAGCUAAGGUAUCAAUGAAGUCACGGCAGUCACGUGACCGGUCCAACAGCUGGAUGGGAUCUAGCUGCUACUAUGGUAGUAAGUAUUGCAAGAAAAGAAAACACAGUAGUAGCUUUGUUUUUCGGUUAUUACACAAUCUCACUGACAUAAACAAGAUGAAGAAGCUGCCUGAUCGGAUCCUGAAACACAUUCUGGAGAUUCUCUACCUGCUGACGGGAAAGCGUGUGCCUAACUCACUGACAGCGAGUCACAUGACCGGGGACAAGACGACAACAGAGAGGAUACUGACCCACACCCUGCAGAUCAUGUACCUGCUGACAGGGGAGGUGCCUAUAAAGUGUGAUGAUGUUGCUGUGUAUUUCUCUAUGGAGGAGUGGGAGUAUAUAGAGGGACACAAGGAGCUUUACAAGGACGUCAUGAUGGGGAGUCACCAAGCACUAAGGACUAUGGAGAUCCCAGGGAAUGAGAGCUCAGAACUAACAGGUUACAGUGAUGAAAAUCUAGACACAGGAACACAUAGAGACCUUGUACAGAAUAUUCAGCCAUCAGAUGUCUCUGCAGGUUACAGUAAUGAAAAUCUAGACACAGGAUCACAAGGAGACCUUGUACAGAAUAUUCAGCCAUCAGAUGUCUCUGCAAAUGACAUUAAUACUGAUGUAGAUGUUAAAACAGAAGAUCUGAGUGUAAUGUGUCAGCUGGAAGCUCCAAUGCAGGAAAUGUGUGACAGUGACAAUGAAGGUAAGUGCGUGUGUGACAAUGAAGGUAAGUGCGUGUGUGACGUGUCUUCUGUUCAUGAGGUAGUGCCUGUUUUUUUUUUUUUUUGUAAUUUUCUCUUUAUUGGAAAUAAAAAAUAGAAUGUUACACACAUUGUCCAUCUGAAGCUCACAAAGUGAAAUGAUUUUCAUUAUUCUCUCCAUCGUCCAUAGCUAUAGUAAUGUUCAUUUCAGCAGCAUAGUCCAUUAUGUGAUUUUAAAUUCAAUAGCCAGGAUUUCAAUGGAGUCUAACUUUGUACAUUAAGCAUUAUAAGCAGUUCAAAAUUGGUAUAUACAGAAUGACAACAUUAUGCGCAAUACAUGUCCCUCUAGUUCCCUACCUACAGGGUAUGCGUUUGUAGGGCCGUUAUGAUGGUUUGUUAUUUUCCCAAACGUUUAACAUGAACUUGUGUAUUUCGACCCUACCAGUUUAAUAUAAUAUAACAAGGUAUAGCCUGAGCGCCUCACCACUAGUGGGGGCUAGGAUAUGUUACUCAGUCUGUGAUGUAAUAAAAAU